UCCAGAGCAACACCGUAUACAAGUGCCGUUUUAUGACUACCAAGAACAUCAUAUUUUUCGGUGUUGAGCGAUGCUUUAAAAAAACGGCGUAUUUUACGUCGUUUUAGCCACAUAAAACGGCGCUUUUAUUGCCGUUUUUUUACAUCACAAAACGUUUUAUUACAAACGCGCCAAUAGAGUGGCGAAUUAUGGCACCUUUGGCUUGCCAUACCAACAUUAGCUGAAGAUGGAUCCCAUUUUCAGACCACCACUUCACAGGCAAAGACAUCAAUUUGUCAUCGAUUUUGUAAUGAGGAACAAACCUAAAAAGGUGAUCGAUUUGGGCUGCGGGGAGUGCAGUCUCCUCAAAAAGCUCAGAUUCCAUCGUGAAAUUGAACUUCUGGUUGGAGUGGACAUCAACGGCGCCAAAAUUAAGAAAAAGAUGCAUGUAUUAGCUCCUAUAUCCACAGACUAUCUUCAGCCUAGUAAUCGUCAGCUGCGCAUAGAGAUGUACCAAGGGUCGGUCACACAAAGAGAUGCUCGCCUCAGAGGAUUUGAUCUGGUUACGGGUAUAGAACUCAUAGAACACCUCACCCUUGCUGAUGUGGAGCUCUUCUCUGCAGUGGUUUUUGGUUACAUGGCCCCAGCCACUGUUAUUGUCAGCACCCCAAACUCUGAGUUCAACCCCCUUCUACCUGGACUGUCAGGUUUCAGGCACAAUGACCAUAAGUUUGAGUGGAGCAGAGCAGAGUUCAGAGCCUGGGCUAUGAAGGUGUGUUUGGAACAUGGUUAUGAGGUGGAGUUUACUGGUGUUGGACAAGCACCACAGAGUCAGCAGGACAGUGUUGGUUUCUGUUCCCAGAUUGGUGUGUUUCACCAUCUUGGGGGCAGAGAACACUGCAACAUGCUAUGUGGCAGUGAUACAGAUGAUGUGUCUUCAUACACACUGCUAUUCUGUAUUACCUAUCCAAGCCUGCAGGACAACACCACCUUGCAGAGAGUACUGGUUAAUGAAGUGCUGUACUCGUCAGAACAGUUAAAGAAUAAAUGGAUGGAGAAGACUAGCCAGAGAAGUGCAGAAGAUGUGACUAGUCCAGUGGAGCAGUGUUUGGGAGUUGUGUCUGAUAGCGCGGUACAGGAGUGUUAUGAAGUGUUUUGGAUGAGCGGGCAAAAACAAAAGGAGCCUUGUGCAUUAAACAGAUUUGUCUGUGUGCCCUUGGCUGUGCUGUGGUCCUGCUGUCCCAAAAUCAGAGAUCUGAGUGGAAGUGUUGGUCAUCUGAGACAUUUGCUGAUGGACGAGCCUAAAGUCAAACUGAGUCAGGAUUGCUCUGCUGUACUUGUAAAAUAUCAGGAACAAGAUCAGGAAGAUGAAGUUAACAGUGAUUUGGAGGACAGUUGCUAUCCAGAGGAUAGCCAGUGCUCCCACAGUGCUGAGCAGGAGGAAGACUGGGAAACAGAUGUUUGAUCUGGAGGAUGCAGCUUUGUUGGACACAAGAAGUUCCUGGGACUGAGUUUAAGAUUGUUGCCUGGUCAGCGUUGAUUUAGGUCAGCUAAAAGAAAAGUUGUU